GAAGUAAAUCACCCAGCCUCCAGUUCUCAGCUGGGGCAAGUGACAGCAGCACUAAGAGAAUCAAACUCCUGCUAAACUCUUAGGUGAAUUACCCCUGUAAAGCGGGACAUUUGACCACCUGUGAACCAUGGCAGAAAACGGGUCCCACGCCGAGGGCAGCAGCAUCACCGGCAGCACACACACCAUCCCGCAGCAGCAGGCCGAAAACAUGGAGAUCCUCAUCCCGAGCCAUAGCCUAUCUUCUGCCCCGUCCUCCCCGACCCCGACCGGGACUCUCUCCCGGCUGGGCUUCAAAAUGCCCACCAGUCCCUCCGCGGCCGUGCCGGGCAGCCCCGUAGCCGGCGGCCAGGUGAGUGCUAUCACCGUGGUGGCGCUGCUCGACAAGCUUGUGAACAUGCUGGAGGCGGUGCAGGAGAACCAGCAGCGCAUGGAGCAGCGGCAGGCCGACCUGGAGGGCGCCGUGCGGGUCGUGCAGGGCGACGUGACCCGCCUCUCCAAGACCCACCUGAACACCUCCAACAGCGUCAGCAAGCUGCUCGAGCGCUCGCGCAAAGUGAGCGGGCACCUGAAGGAUGUGAGGGAGCGCAUGGACAAACAGGCGGUGCAGGUGAAGAAGUUGGAGGCCAACCACAGCCACCUGCUGAGGAGGAACCACUUUAAAGUGCUCAUCACCCAGGUGAGAAAACAUGGUGAAAGGAAGAGAAAUUAA